UGCAUCAUGAAUACGAUGUCUGAAGCAAAUGGCACCUUUGCCAUCCAUCUCUUGAAGACGCUCUGUCAAGACAACCCUUCAGAAAAUGUGUGUUAUUCUCCUGUGAGCAUGUCCUCUGCGCUAGCUAUGGUUCUCUUGGGUGCAAAGGGAAACACUGCAGUCCAGAUGUGUCAGGCACUUCAUUUAAACCCAGAUGAAGACAUCCAUCAGGGCUUCCAGUUGCUUCUUCAUAACCUGAACAAGAAAAACACAAAGCACUGCCUUAGAAUGUCCAACAGGCUCUUUGCAGAGAACACUUGUGAAUUACUCCCAACCUUUAAGGAGUCCUGUCUUAAAUUCUAUCACUCGGAGAUGGAGCAGCUCUCCUUUGCCGAAGCUGCAGAGGAGUCCAGGAAACACAUAAACACGUGGGUCUCCAAACAAACUGAAGGUAAAAUUCCAGAUUUAUUGUCAAAAGACUCAGUUGAUUCACAGACCAGGCUGAUUCUCGUCAGUGCCUUAUAUUUCCAAGGAACAUGGUAUAAAUUCUUCAACAAAUAUGGCACCAAGGAAAUGCCCUUUAAGAUAAACAAGAGGGAAACAAGGCCAGUGCAGAUGAUGUGGCAGAAAGACACAUUUUACCAUGCCUAUGUGAAGGAAAUCCAGGCACAAGUGCUGGUAAUGCCCUAUGAGGGCCUGGAGCUGAGUUUCAUGGUCCUCCUUCCAGAUGAGGGUAUGGACAUCAGCAAGGUGGAAAACAAUCUCACUUUUGAGAAGUUAACAGCCUGGAUCAAACCAGAGUGUAUGAAAUGCACUGGAAUUCAUGUUUAUCUUCCAAAAUUUCAACUGCAAGAGCAGUAUGAUAUGCAGACCCUGUUUCAACAUUUGGGAAUGAUGGAUGUCUUCAAUGGGAGCAAGGCUGACUUAUCAGGAAUGUCUACUGCAGAAAAACUGUGUCUGUCCAAAUUUGUUCACAAGUGUGUUGUAGAGGUCAAUGAAGUAGGAACAGAGGCUGCAGCUGCCUCUGCUGUAAAAAUUGAACCUCUCUGUGCUUCUUCUUAUACCCCAACAUUUUGUGCAGAUCACCCCUUCCUUUUCUUCAUAAGGCACAACAAAACCAACAGCAUCCUGUUCUGUGGCAGGUUCUCAUCUCCAUAAAGAC